AUGGAGGAAAUGAACCAAAGAAUGAAGAACUUGGAUGAGAAAUUUGAGAUGUUAGAGCGGAAAGUGAUAAAGCAGGAGGCAGAGCUUGAUGCGCAUGAGAACUCUCGAUUCAUGAGGCGAAAUUCUGGCAAGAAGGAAGCAUCACGCCGGAAGAACGAUCAACUGCCCCGAGAAGAUCAACCUCUCUACGACAGCGAUAUAUGUACCGAUGCUGAGUUGAUCACCGAGUGCUACGAGCAAGACAGUAUUUCUUGGCAAGCCUUUGACAUUCUAUAUGGUCUGACCCCGAAUGAGUUCCUUGGCAUUGAUCAGAGUAGAUGUCAUUUCUCCUUGUUGGUUUUCAACGAAGCAGCUGCCAUUCUGUUUCGAAAGGCCAUGACAGAAUUGCCCACGGAGAGGAUGAGGCGCAAACGUGAUGGUAUUGUCAAGCUCUUAAGGGAGAGGAAUUACGAGGAAGCCGAAAAGAUGAGUAGUACUUGUUUUUGGAAACGUGAGUUUUGUUUGUAA